CUAUUUCAGGGUCUGUUCUCAAUACUCUGGGCAUGAAUCAGUCUGCAAAGUGGAAAUCGGAGUAUUAAAUCUGCUUGGUUUGUGAGAUCUUGACCGUGCUGGAUACUUACGGAAUUGUCAUUGAAGAUGUUUUGGCACGUACCUGGACUCUCUGCCGCAUCACCAGUGGAUACUAUUUUAGACAAGGAAAAUUUUAAGUUGGAAGACCUUCUAGAUGAGGAUGAAAUAAUCCAGGAGUGCAAAGCACUUAACACCAGACUAAUUAAUUUUUUACGAGACAAAGUUCAAGUGGAGUUACUGCUCCGCUACAUUGUGGAAGAGACACCUGAAGAUGCUGAAAAGAAGAGGAUAUUUAGGUUUCCUUUUAUAGCUUGUGAAAUAUUCAUAUGCGAAGUGGAUGUCAUCUUGAAGACAUUAGUGGAGGAUGAAGAUCUUAUGAAUUUACUCUUCUCCUUCCUGAAGCCUGACCAUCCUCAUGGGACUUUAUUGGCUGGCUACUUUGGCAAGGUGGUUAUUUGCUUGAUGCUGAGAAAGACACUCCCACUUAUGAAUUAUGUACAGGGCCACCCUGAAAUAGUUAGCCAACUUGUCGAUCUUAUUGGGAUCACUUCUAUCAUGGAGGUGUUAAUUCGCUUAAUCGGCGCUGAUGAAACUAUGUAUACAAGUUAUGCAGAUUCCAUGCAAUGGUUAGAUGACAUACAAGUCCUUGAGAUGAUUGUUGACAAGUUCAGCUCAUCUGAUUCUGCUGAGGUUCAUGCAAAUGCUGCUGAAAUCCUUUGUGCAGUGACUAGAUAUGCCCCUCCAGCACUUGCUACGAAAAUUUCCAGUCCUAGUUUUGUGGGGAGAUUGUUUCAUCAUGCCUUUGAAGAUUCAAGACCUAAAUCAGUGCUGGUCCACUCAUUGUCAGUGUGCAUAUCUUUGUUAGAUCCUAAGAGACUUGUAUCGGCGUCCUACCAAGCUUUCCGUAGUCAGUUAAGUCAUGGAACAUUAGUCACUGCAAGUCCAGAAACAGUCAACGGCAUGCUGGAUAGCCUUGGUGAUUUGUUGAAGCUGCUGGAUGUUUCAUCUGCUGAAGCUAUACUGCCGACAACAUAUGGCAGCUUACAGCCUCCUCUUGGAAAGCAUCGCUUGAAGAUUGUUGAGUUCAUCUCUGUCCUACUGUCGAUUGGCAGUGAAGUUGCUGAAAUGCGUUUGAUCCACCUAGGAGCAAUCAAGCAUGUUAUAGAUCUAUUUUUUGAGUACCCUUUCAACAACUUUUUGCAUCAUCAUGUGGAGAACAUAAUUGUUUCCUGUUUAGAGAGUAAGCAGGAUCAGCUGAUUGCACAUGUUCUUGACGAAUGUAAACUAGUUACAAGAAUUUUGGAAGCCGAGAAGAACUCUGCGCUGUCAGUAGAUUUAACAAAGCGUACGCUAUCUGCAGAGGGAAAAAUUCCACCAAGGAAUGGAUUUGUUGGGCAUAUUACACGCAUAGCCAACAAGCUCAUUCAGCUGGCCAACAGCGACAGCACAAUCCAAUCACAUUUGCAGCAAAACUCUGGUUGGGGCGAGUGGCACUCUAGCAUUCUAACAAAGCGUAAUGCGGUAGAAAAUGUUUACCAAUGGGCUUGUGGCCGACCGACAUCACUGCAGGAUCGAGGUAGGGACAGCGAUGAUGAAGACUUCCGAGACAGGGACUAUGAUGUGGCUGCGCUUGCUAGCAAUCUGAGCCAGGCAUUUAAAUACGGUAUUCACAGUAAUGAGGAUGUUGAUGAUGAGGCUCAAGUAUCACAAGAGCGAGAUGAUGAGGAUGUGUAUUUUGAUGAUGAAGCGGCUGAAGUAGUUAUCUCCAAUAUUCGCUUUGGUGAUGAUCAUGACAGGGGCUCCCUUUUUACAAACUCGAACUGGUUUGCGUUUGAUGAGGACAAAGCACUGAAUGAUGGCCCAGAAGCUUCCCUUUCCGCGAAUUUGGAGUUACCGUCACCAAAUGUGGAUGAGGAUAUGGAUGAGGUCAUUCUUGGUGAACCUAUAGAUGUCACAAAAGGUUUGGAUCCACUGUUAGCUGGUUCUGACAGAGACUUAAAUGAAGAGACUGGUCAUGCAGUAUUGACAAAUGGCCCCAUUGAUAAGCUGGAAGAUGACAUCAGACCGCCAACCCCAGAUGUAAAAGAGAGUCCACCUGAGUCUGUUGAAUGGACAGAGGAAGAUGCUGAACCUGCUGAGGUGUUGGUGAAUACUGCUGUUGUAAAUUGUGAGGCAGGAGACGAGAAGGCUAUGGAUGCCACCGGUGGAGUUAUGUCCGGCACAACACAAUUAGGAGAAGAACAAGGAAGUGUGAAUUUGGUUGAAUCCUCGGUUCUCCAGACCACAGUAGAAAAGAUAUCACCAGAUUCAUCGGAUGCUAGUUCUGGAGGCCAUUCUGAACCAGGUGAUGGAAACUCUAAUCUGGAAUGUCCCUUGGCUGAACAGAAGCACGAACAUAAUGAAAGCUAGGGAAAUGAAGUGGAUCCGAGGGUAGCAGUAUAGCACAGUUUUGUUCUCAUGAUGCCGGAUGCCUGGAUGGCAUAUGAUCAUGGGUGUGCAGUGCAGGUGCUUGGGGGAACGGGUGAGACCAUUCUCGUUUGAACACCCCAGGGGCUGAUGUUUUGAUACAAUUUGCAUUUGAUGGCGCUGCCAUGCACCCAAAGAUGCAAACAUGGUCUUGUCGAGCCGCUCAAGCUUGUCUUACUUCUGUUGGUCACUGUACUCGAUCUGUUGGCUACAUAUGAUGCAGAAUACCUAACAGUAGAUAUCUCUUUCUUCCUGCAAACACGAAGUUGGUCUCUGCUUGGAUCGUGUCCGGUAAAUAACUGAUUAUUGGUGAUAUCUGGUCUUGAUACUUGUUCAUUUCUCUAGGUGGUGAUGUUAGUACUAAAAUUUUGACUCGGAUUUCAGGAGAUAUAUUCUCAUGUGUAAUACUAUGAAUACCAUUUUUUGUUUGUUUUCCCAAGUACCUAUUACUUUA